AUGGAACAUCAAGUAAUCUAUCCUUGAUAUGUUAUUAUAUCUUUUCAUUUGAUAUAAAAUACUUUCAUUAGUUUAAGAUGUUAAUGUACUAUAACUCUCUUGAAAAGCAGUAAAAAGCUUUCAGAGUUGGUUCAACCAAACCUGAAGUACAUUUUGGAUUUGGUGUUCUGCAAAAAAAAAAAAAAAAAAAAAAAAAAAAAAAUUAUUACCUUUAAAGAUAUCUAUCACUCCUUACCAAAUCCACCCUAUCAGCUCCACUGUUUAUUAGGAUGUAAUAGAACUAACUAUAUAUACCUGUAGAGUGUCCAGUCUUUCCUCAUCAAUCAAGCAUCUACACAACAGUCAACUCUAUUUGUUUCUUCUAAUCUCUCAUCCCAACAUCAGUCACAAGAAAAAAUGGCAAAACUUUCCCAACUCACCUCGAAAACACUCCGAGUCACGUUCUGCAUUUUGCUGCUAGCCCUCACCUUAGGCUGUGCCAGCUCAGCAAGAAUCCUUGAUGAAGUGAGCCAAGUGGACGAUGAGCCUGUUGUGGCUCCUGUGGUUGCCCCAGUUGCCACAUUACCAAGUAACCAAUUACCAGCUACUGUCACCACUCCUGAUUCUGACGUGGCGCCAGUAGCGGAUCCUUCCAUCCCUGCUGACACAGUGGCUCCUCCAGCAGAUUUACCAGCUGAACCUGAACCAGAUUCAGCCCCUGUCGUCGCCCCUGCUGCUUCAGUGGCUCCUCCUGCUGACUUAACCGGUACUGGAGCAGCCCCCGUCACCGAUGAAGCACCAGGUGGGGCCGCUGCAGCCCCAGGUGGGGCCGCUGCAGCCCCAGGUGGGGCCGCUGCAGCCCCAGGUGGGGCCGGAGCAGCAGCUACUUCAGGUGCCACAGGCGAAAUUCCUGUCCUUGAGCACCCGACGUUCUCCUUUUUCAUGCAUGACAUCCUUGGUGGUUCACAUCCUUCAGGAAGAGUGGUCACUGGAAUUGUAGCCACUUCCGAUGCCAACAAUCUGCCUUUCUCCAAGCCCAACAAUCAAAUCCUCCCAAUCAAUGGAGGAGUUCCUUUGAACAGCAUUAACAACGUGGUCAACAACAACAAUUAUCCAUUCCUUGCAGGCCUCAACGGUCAGCAGCAAGCUAACACUGUCCUGCAAAACACCGGAAAUAACAACAUAGUCAAUGGUGAUAACAACCAACCUUUCGUAACAGCCGGGCAACUUCCUGCUGGCUUAUCUCUUCAGCAGCUCAUGUUUGGCUCUAUAACUGUUGUUGACAAUGAAAUAACCGAGGGGCACGAACUGGGAUCAGCUGUUCUCGGCAAGGCACAAGGAUUUUAUCUGACAAGCUCUUCUGAUGGCACCAGCCACACUUUAGCCUUGACAGCAUUUUUCCAUGGAGAACAUGAACAUGAAGUGGAUGAUUCUAUUAGUUUCUCUGGAAUUCACAGGACAGCUACACCAAUUUCUCACAUUGCCAUCAUUGGAGGGACUGGCAAGUAUGAGAAUGCUAAAGGAUUUUCCACCAUUGAAACUCUUCCUCAUGUGGACCAACAUACAACUGAUGGAGUCGAGACAAUUACCCACUUUACCGUCUACAUCACCCCUUAAACAUCAUGUCUUCCAGAUAAGGGGUUAUUUCGAUAUGUUUUCUGUAUAUCUGAAUCUUUGUAUUUUGUUGAAUGGUUAUAUCAUAUAUAUAUUGGUGAUAUUAU